GCAAAAAGCUUUUGAUUCUUCUUUACAUGAAAAAGGAAUUGAUGCUACUACUAAUCAUCACCAUUAAACAAUACAAAACUACUAGUAGUUAGUUACUUAGUUACUUCAUACCUGUAUUUAGCAAACAAUAAUAUCCUGUUAUUUUUCUGCAUUUAAACACCGUCGUUUCGUAACCGCGCCAUCUAAAUUUGCUCCUAGAAGUUUUCCAGAGAUGGGAGAGAGAACAAAAAUCGAGGUUUUGAUUUAUUCUGAUUGAUGCUCGAUCUCAAGAUGUUCUUCCCCGAGACAAUGGAUCCGGAAACAAUGGAUAUAUUUGCAGAAGAUUUCUCCCUUGAGGAAUUCGACAUCGAUUUCGAAUUCGAUGCUCCUCGAUUCUACGAUUUCUCCAAACCUGAAAUUGAUUCAGAAACAGAGCUCUGGUUUGAAUCAGCUGGAAACUAUCCUCCCUCACCAUUUAGCCUAAAUUUGAGAUACGAAGACAAACAUCUCGAGAUCCCUAAACCCAUCUCAGAUCAAUACAAUGGGUUCAUAUAUUAUAACCAAGCUCCUAAAGAUGUUCCCAAUGCGACGCACAAGUCUAAAACAAAACCUUUUUUACGAAAGAACUCAACUUUAACGAGACCCACUGCUUCUUUGUUGGCAAGACACAAUAAACCUCUAGAUAUUUACUCUGUUCGGCUUCUCACAAGAUGUCAGAGAUCAUUAGGAAAGUGUGAUGACAAGUUUUCCUCUCUCUUAUACUCUAUGCCUCAAACACAAGAUAACAAAAGGCAAAAACUGGAAACCGGCUACUUGCGCAAGGUAUCACGGCUGGACCAAACUCCUUUUGUACAUAAGGUUCCAAGGAAGGGAUCCAAAGUCACUGUUCCAAAGGAACCUAACCUCAAGACUGCCCAAAGGGCUGCAAGAAACCGGUUUAAGGCUCAGUCAGCACCCGAGCAGAUCGCGAAAUUUAUCUCUACUAUGGAUAAACCAGUUCAAGAAACUUCUUCACCAUCUUUGCCUAAAAAGAAUACGCCUCGCCACCAAGAUUUACAGGCAUUUCAUCUAAGGACAUCUCUUAGAGCAAGAGAACGCUCUUCCAGUGCUAAAAUUGCACCAACCGAUGAUCCUAUACACUCCUUAACGUCAAAGUCCGUUGGUACCAGAAAGGGUAGGAAAGUCAAGGCGUCCCGCAGCUCAAAGUCCAAUUGUCAAGUUUAUGAAUCUAAGAUUUGCCCUGUAGACUCAAAGACAUCAAGCAAAUGCGGUGAAGCAAUCGAUAUCAAACAUGAAAAAAAUCUUCUGAGGGAAUUUGAAGCUCCAAUGGACACAAAUUUUCGAGAUGAACCCUUUAUUGAAUCUCUUAGAAAACUAUGUCUCACUUCAGAUACUGAUCCAGUCGGGGUACUUAUAGAUUAGUUGCUUCUCUUACUCUCUUGUAUCUCAUCUACAUAGAGAUUUUUCAAGACAUAUAUCGUGCGUGUACAAAUUAGAUGUGCUAAAGCUUAUAUUAACAGGAAAUCCAAGAUUUAUCAAUAGUAAGUGUUAAGUCAAUGAAUGCUUUUACACAGAAAGAUGUGCUAGGG